AUGGCUUCCAAAGCACAAUCUUCCCCUUUGUCCUUCACUCCGCACACACAGCGUCUUGCUAUUCGAGCAGCGCUUGCCUUCCUCGGCGUCCUCAUCCUCCGAGCCCUAUUUUUCGCACCAUCCAAAACUGGUGAAGAGAUCCAAUCUCACGGCGUAUUGGAACGCGUCCUCCUCGCUGAGAAGACCCUAGACGUUUCUAAAUACCCCUUCUUGCAAUCACGUCAAGGUCGAGAUGAUCGUCCUGAUCUGUUCGACGUGGAAGUCACCGAUGGAAUUCUGGACUACUGGACGCGAUUUCAAAAGCCAUUCAUUACCGAUAAAGAGACCGCUCAUCUAGACACUCAGAUCAUGCGGACCGUGGUGGAUGAUCUGCUCCAAUUCAACGGAUGGGUCGCAGCCGCUUGUCCGGGACUGGUACGGCCUUUUGGUCAGAACCAAAAGGACGAUUCGUAUGAUGAUUUGGCAUCUAAGGGACACUUGUACUACAUUGCCAUUGUGAUUCAUUCGGCGGAUCAUUUCUUGGUGGAUCAGUUGGCCGUCAUUGUGCAACUGGCCAGACGAUUGGGAACGCGAAACAUCUUCGUCUCCAUGCUCGAUCAAGACUCUACAGACUCCACACCGACCCUUGCGGAUCUCUGUGAGGCAGUCAUGUCUAUAUUGGGUAUCGCUUUCAGGAUCAGACGGGUCCCACCUAUGACUGUGGACCCGAGCGCAGCUUACUACCCAUUGGAAGAGGCUACGUCAAGGAAUAUGGCUCUGGAACCACUGCACGAAUUGUGGAAUAAACGGAGACUCAAGUUUCACCGUGUCAUCUGGCUCAAGGGUUUCACCUGUCCCAACGAUGUCUUGGAGAGUUUGCGAGUCAGCGAAGCCAACAGUGCUGCCAUGGUCUGCGGAAUGGACUGGGCGGAGCACAAUGGCUUCUUCAUCUUUUCCGAUCGAUGGCGAACACGAGAUAUCGAGGGCAACUUGUUCCGACAAGCCAAAUCCAACUCGAAGCCCGAAGCUGGACCUCCUCGAGACAACAUCGGAGCAGAGCGUUUCAAGUCCCAUUUACCUCUACAAGUAUUCUGCUGCGAAUCCGGCACACACAUUGUGGACCCUGAACAGUCUUACUACCGUCACAUCUCCUAUCGAGCUUCCCAACAUGCCCAUAAUCUCUCUUCGACGGCUGAGCAGCCCAACUGGGACCCCGAAACGCAGUGUAUGGACUCGACCCAAAUGUGGUUCUGUCGAGAUCUGUGGACAGACGCCGCGAAGAGCGGUUUGAAAGAGGGCAGACGUAAUGGACAUCAUCAAUACGGCUCUGGACAUCGAAAGCGUCACGAGGAUCUCGUCGAACGUCUGGAAGCCUCAGAGAAGGAAGAGCAGGUGCAUGAGGCUCCAGUCAAGCGUCAGAACCCAGUCGAGAAACAGCCCGAAGGAAACAAGAAGAUUCAACAGGCUGUCGAGGCAGGAUCUAAAGAUUCCAAGGAGGCGGGAACCGACAUUGAUGCUAUUGACGAGGAUGCUUCAGGCCCGGCUCCUGAACCGCUCUCACCUUCGGACUUGCCCGCAUCUGCUUAUCUUGUGCCCAACCAUGCCUUCACCCCAGCUAGAAUUCUGGUCGACCCACGAUGCGUUACGACCUAUGGUGGAGUCUCUCAUACACAGCUCGCCAGGGAUUUGUUUGGAGAAGAAGUCGACCAGGCUCUGGAUCACCGAGCUAGCAAAUAUGUUCUGGAGGAUUGGGGCGGCGCGCCAGACUCGUUUGUGUGCCAGGAAAUGAGGACCACGGGAGGCAGAACAGCUCCCAAGUCUCAGCGACGGGUAGGAUUCUUGCUUCAGAAUGAAGUGGGAGGUAUCGGUUGGGGCAGAUAG